UCGUUCCAACACUGCACAAUUGCACAAGAACCCGAAAUCGGCACUUCGGCCUCUCUCAUCCUUUCAUCCUGUGUCCCGUCGUCUUUCACGAAUAUAUAUAUAUAUAUAUAUAUAUAUAUAUAACGCCGUGGCGGCUUGAACAUUAUGAUAGACUCUUGAUAAUCUUCCCAACAAUUCUUCGUCGCCAAUCCGUUUAAGGUUGUCGAUCCGGAGUCUGAUCAGGCGCGAUGGUAUCUAGGCCCGUCUUCGCAGUGCUUCUCGCCAUUGUGGCGUUGGGAGGAAUCGUAGCUGCCGAUGCAGCGGGCCGUCCGUUGGGAGCCCACGGCGGAGACGGUAACAGCGACUUCGAAGUUAGCAUCCAACGUCUGGAGAUUUCGUCAUCGUUGAUGAGCAGCAUUGCGUCUCCUCUUAACGCCGAGAGGACGAAGAUGUACCUCGAUCAGAUGAACGACAAUACGCUUGGUCAGUACAGCAAAGAUUUCUGCCAGGAGGCGAGACUCCAAUGCAGCGCUGAGGUUGACAUGGUGGAUCCUACUCUGAAAAUCUCAAGCAGCGAACUUCUUAACCAAGAAGUAUUCGAUUGGACGCAACAGUUGGUCGAGACCACCCGCUCCAUGCAGUUCAACCGCGACGACAUAAACAAGGGCAAUGAGAUUGCGCUACCGGCUGAUCUCCAUGACUCCUUCCCGACAGUGGCGUUCCUUCCCCAUUCUAUGGCUCAGAAGAUGCCCCUCUCUAGUGCCAGAAUGACCCAAGUUCUGGACACGCUAAACAUCCGUCAUGACUCUAACAUGGCCAAGAUGAUGUCCCAAACCGUGGACCAGUGCGAAAUGCAGGAGCAGAGCAAGGGAGCCCACAAAUGUGUGACAUCUUUGGAAGACAUGAAGAACUUCGUGAGCUCCAGUUUACCUCUAGACAAACGCAUCACCACUCUACAGCGUUCCAGCUCUAUUCGUGGCACCGGCGAGAUGCGCUCAAAGAACAUGAGAUGGAAGGUGAUGGACGUGAAGCGCUAUGACAGCGCCGUUGUGUGCCGCAACCGCGUGUUCCCCUAUGCCGUCUUCGAAUGCCACGACAUCAGCAACACCGACAUGCACAUCUACAGCGUCGAAAUGCAAGGCAAUGACGGGGCGCGCAGUAGCGCAGUGGUUGCAUGCCAUGAAAACGCAGAGCAUAUGUCCAAGCACACAGAGCCUGUCAAGGCUUGUCACUGGGUCACUGACUCUCUGAUUUGGGUACCAGCCAACUGAUUUCGGACAUAGCUGCCGGAACACGGUUAUCAAAUACCAGAAAAGAUGAAAAAGUUUCGUAAGGGAUCAAUAUUGCCUGAACAUGUAUUCUCUGUUGUUGUCUAGGUUGAGGAUAUUUGCUUUGAAUGUCGUGGUCUGAUCUACCAGACAUUGAGAAUGUCCAUUCAUGGUCGUUCGUCAAUGGUGGUUACUAUGGGUUGGAUUGCACUAGUUUUUGAUUUUAAUGAUGAAUUAGGUUGAAAUUUGGGAGUAGAUAAAUAAACAAAACUGUUGCAGCUGCUGGUAUGGAACUUUACUUCUAGAAAUGUUAUUAAUAGUUUAAUCAAAGUAUUAUGAAAUGGCAACCAAUGCAUUCAUGCAACUCACAAAUCUUAUCUUGUUAUGGUCAUAAAUGUGCCAAAAGAGGGGAGGGAACACCUCUAUCAAAGGUUUGAUUAUAUGUU